AUGCCUCCAAGAAGAGCAGUCAGAGGUCGUCCAGCUAGGAGAAAUGUUGAAGAGCAAGAGUUACCCAAUGCAACUAAAGUGCAACCUCAAGGCGAAGUCACCAAUACUGAGUUCUGUGAGGCUAUCCAGAUGUUGUGCCAAGCUGUGACUAACAAGGCUCCGGAAAUGGUUAAGGACAUGAGAAGUAGAAUGAGCUUGUUCGUUGCUGGGUUGGGCCGUCUAUCAAGAAAAGAGCGUCGGGCAGCAAUGCUUAGUAGGGACAUGGACAUUUCGAGGUUGAUGGUUUAUGUGCAGCAGGUAGAGGAAGAGAAUCUUAGAGAUAGAGAGGAGUUCAAGAAUAAGAAAGCAAAGACAAGAAAUGAAUCUAGGCAGCAGAAGGGUAGUAACUUCAGAGCUGGACCAGCACAAUCUCAAGGUAGUAUUGUAGAAGGAGGUAGUUGGGCUCCUGUAUGUUGUAGAUGUGGUAGAAACCACUCAUGUAAGUAUCGUGAUGGAUAG